AUGAGUGGACAAUGCCCUGAUGGCUCACGACCAGUGGCGGUAAAAGAGGCUGAAGACUGCGAACGGAUUUGGAUGCGAUACUGUAAGCCGGCUAUUAGCAAGUUGGUAGCCGAUCCUACAGCUGACAUGCCGUUCAAGAGCGUAGGAGAUGCAACAAUGCCACCUGGUUGCUCAGUCUCUCUAGAUCCUCUAGAGAAGUUUGGAGCAUACAAUACGCGCGGCGCCUUCGAAAACGGAGCAGCCAAGAUCAAUAGUCCGGCUUAUCGUCUUGUAUGCACGAGCAUGACACUUGGGAAAGUGCGCUG